AUGAGUAGAAAGAGAAGGGAGGGAAAAGAAAACGGUGGUCGGGUGGUGCUGAGUGCGGAGAGCAAGAAGGCGGAGUUUGUUAUCGAUCCAAAAAAUCUUCCCCCUCCUCCUUCUCCUAUUUCUUUCACCCACUCCUUUCUUUUCAGUUCUCUUCCUACAACUCUUGUGUCACCCUUCUUUUAUCUCAACUGUUUCUUUUCUUCCUCCUCUUAUUGCUCCACCCUCUUUCUCAAUUUGACCAGUUUAUUUAUAUUUCUCUGUGGUUUCCCGCCUUUCAAGACCCAUUUUGCCCGCCGCUUGACAAUAUCUACUUUCACUUUUACUUUCCAUUUCAACUUUCAGGUUAAGAAUUUGUGUCUAUCUUUCUUUCUUUCUUUCUUUCUUUCUUUCUUUCUUUCUUUCUUUCUUUCUUUCUUUCUCAUUCUCUCUCUCACUAUACUCUCGCAUCGGUUUUCGAGAUUAGCUACUUAUAAUUCUUAUCUUCAUCUCCCACCCGUGUUGAACUUUUUAUUCCUUUCGGUUCCCUCCUCCAGUAAAGCCAGCAUACCCCCCACCCCACCCGACUCCUUCACCACAUCCACCAAUGUAAACACUUUCCUUACAUCGUUGUCAUUGACUGACAUCUCUCCUCGUCAGGCGAAACAGACAAUGUGUAACACAUUUUGUCCAUAUCUAUCUAUCUAUCUAUCUAUCUAUCUAUCUAUCUAUCUAUCUAUCUAUCUAUCUAUCUAUCGAAUUCCCUUCGUAUCUAUCUCUCUAGUAGUGCAUGUGUAUGCCUAUUUGGAAACAUUAUUUUCUGAUUUCGCAUAUGUAAACAUAUCUAUCUAUCUAUCUAUCUAUCUAUCUAUCUAUCUAUCUAUCUUUAAAAUCAUUAAGCUAGCUUCUUUCUUUUCAUUUUCUACUAAUUAG